AUGAGCGGCCGCGUGGUGAAACUCAAGCAUGCUGUGCUUCCUGGCAACGCGCUAGGCAAGGUUGCCAGAGCGGUCAUCAUGCGCGAUUCGAAUAGGGCCGUCCGCAAGCUGCCCGUCGAGCACAUGGCCGCAGAGGAGCAAGUGAAUCUUGCUGCAGACUUGGAGAUACAGGCGCAAGAGCUUACAGAGGAGCAAUCGCUGGCCAACAUUGAGGAGCUGCGUCCCAGCGACCCCAUCCUCUACAGGCACGAGUUUGAUGAGCUGCUACAGAACCUGCUGAAGGGCUUCACAGUCUCUCAGCUGAAGGCUUAUCUUCUGGUUGCGAGCAAGACUGCUCUGAAGAGCUCUGAACGCAAGGAACAGCCGAUGUACAGCAUUAUAAGAGGCACCAAAUGCGAGCCUUGGGCGCCGUUACGAAAGCUCAAGAUUACUGGGUCGCCCAAGGAAAGAAUAGGAUUGACUCUGUUGACGGAGGCCUGGGGCCUCCAGAUCAGAGAGUACGUCGAUGGUAAAGGUGUAUUCAGUCCCAGAAUUGCCACGAGAUUCCUGCGUAUGCUUUCAAGAGAAAAGAAGCGCCUCGACGCCAUCAGAAAGACGUAUCUCGAUGCCGAAGAGAAGAUUCUUAUCGGGCAAUCAAGCAUCAAGGUCAUCGCCACAAAGGCGAAGACAGACACCAUCAUGAAGGAAUUAGAACAGGCGGCCAAGGAUACGGUUGUUCAAACCAUCGACGACGUCUUUUGGGUCCCCAAUGAUGACGAGACCGUCACGCUUUUGGAGCAUCUAGGUCAGCUCACGAGCACCUUGAUCACUCACAGGCCCCAAGAAAAGAUUAUCGAAGUGGCAUGGUUCCGCGACGGGCCCGAACAAAGAGGCCAAGAACGCCGUGCCGACGUCGUUCGACGUCUCCUGCUCACCGCGCUCUGGCCCAAAGAAGAAACUGUACACCUCAAGGGUCCGAAAGACACUGAAUGCCGAACCAUUCCCAUGGUGAUUGGGCGCGAGAGGCUUUCGUGGGUGGACAAGUUGACCCAGUGGUCUCGCUGGGCGAAACCCGUCGGCCGCAACUCCCGUCCCAAACCCCACAUUUCAGUGAAACAGCGCGGCGUCCUAAGCAAGCCCAUCGAGGCACCGCCGACGGAGUCGGAAUUCCGCGAGAGGAGGAGCAAAUCAUACACCGCAACCACCGCCAGCUUCGGUCACAUUCUGCACAAGAACGCCGACGCCGUGAACGUGGCCGCUGCCGCGGAUCCCAGUCCACACAUCUUCUCUCCCACCUCCCCUCCUCCCGCCAGCCUCGCUGCCCUGUCCGAAAGACUCGACUCGUCCAAACCCGUCACCACCUCACUCGUCCUCACCUUCCGUGCCCUCCCUUCAAUCCAUGAGUCAAAACCUGAAUAUUCCAUAAAGACCCAAUACUUCACCCGGGUCCAAAAGCUCGAAAAGCCCAGCGAUGCCGUCAAACCUUCGUCCGGACCUGUUCGUCGUCCGGACCUGCUCGAGCUGCAACUCACGAUACCCGACUACCUACCAGAAGGACCUCUCAUGUGGGACUCAUGCCCGAAGCGCCUCGUCGUGGUCGCGGAUCAAACCCACACCGACGUCUCCAUACCGGAUCAGCCCGUCGAUCUGCGCAUCUCCCAGUCCGAUCUGAGGGUCAUGUCCGCCUCUGCUCUCGACGACUCCCCCUUCCGCGAGUACAUCGACACCGCCGAACUCGACCUCCUCGCGGGACGGCUCGGCCCUCCCCCAAUGAUACGCAUCGCGGACACGCCCUUCAAUCCGCCAAUCAAGAACCCCUCAGAACCGACGGACUACAUGUUCACGGGUCUGGAGAUGCGCCGCACGCUGGAGGCAGACUACCAGGGGCAUAAGCUUCUGUACACGAGUGUCCAGGCCGGCCACCACGGCGGUCGGCGCGCAGAGAUGGUUCUCGAGGCGCAGCCUGCUGAUCCAUCUCUGCCCCCAGAGGAGCAAGAGCUCCAUGCUGCGAGCUUCCUGAGCCUGGCCAAGGACCUGGCUCAGGGCAAGGUGGUGAAGUGGGUGGGAGAGGUCGAUGCUGAGGCGGAGAGCCAAAGGAGGUUAGCUGCCGCCAAGCCUGUGGCAGAGCCAGAGGUUUCGGACACCAGCAUGUAA